AUGGCUGCCACGUGGCGUCUGCGCAGGGCACUCCCGCUGCUUCUGUGCCUUGUCUCAAUGCCCGGCUCGUUCUGCGACGGGCGGGCACGAACCCCCGUGCAGCAGGCAGGACAACUAGACACGGGAGAAGAGGCAUCCGCCCUCUUGGAAAGCGUUCCCGGGUAUCUUGCAAGCGUGCUUUGCGACGGCCUGUUUAUCUCCGACCGCACCCUGGCCAGCCUUCUUUCCAGCGAAGGAUGCCUCCUCGGUUGCGCGCUCCUGCCAGAGUUGCUGGCGACCAACGCGCUCAGUUACACCGUCGAUGGUCGCCGGAAGUCGGUAACCGCGCGCGCGGGACACGUGGUCGUGACGGCGACUGCGCCCAGGGAUCCCUCCCGGCAGCCCUUCUCGUGUCUGGUGAAGACCUCGGCUCAGGUCGGCCCGGUGGUUCGUCCCGUUUACCGUUCCAACGGGUCGCCAUAUCGGCGCUUCGAUUGGCCAGAGGCGCGCGGCGGCACCUCUUCCGAGUUCUCCGGCGUGGACUACGGGCGCCUCGCGGCCGCGAUCGCGCCGUUUUUUGCCGAUCCAAUGGCGCCCAACUCGGUCGCCAACGCCACAGAGACACGCGCUGUGGUCGUGAUUUACCAGGGCAAAAUCAUAGCGGAGCGGUACGCAGAAAGCCUCGGCUUCUUUGAGACGACACCGCUGCUCGGGUGGUCAAUGGGAAAGAGCCUGACGUCCGCGCUUGUAGGGCUGCGCAUCGGUGACGGGGCCCUGAAUCUCACAGACUUGGCGAAUCCGCGCGCCUGGAGUCCCGCGGAAGUGGCGGAACGGAACAUCACCGUGGCGGACCUGCUCCAUCAGACAAGCGGAAUCCGGUGGAACGAGUCGUCUUUGCCCGGUUCGGACGCCAACAGGGUCACGUUCGGCCUCGCGCAGAACGACACCGAAAUGUUCGUUGUCGCCCGCCCUCAAGCUGUGCCCGCCGGCACCCGGUUCGACUACAGCACUGGGAACGUCCAACUGCUGCAAGGUCAGUUGCGCCGCAGCUUCCGCGGGAACGACGUAGCGUAUUGGAGCUACCCCUAUAAUCGCCUGUUCAAGCCGAUCGGCGCGCGAUCCUUCAAGCUCAGCUUUGACGGCGUCGGUACCAUUCAGGCCAGCUCCAGCGUAUACGCGACCGCGCGCGACUGGGCGCGCCUGGGACAGCUGUACCUGCAGGACGGCGUCUGGGACGGCACGCGCAUUCUGCCACGUGGCUGGGUGCGCUACUCGCGCACGCCCUCCUCGCCCUCCGUACGACACGUGUGCGGCCCAGUGUCGCUCGCACUGGGCCUCUGCGCACCGUACGGCGCGCUCUGGUGGGUCGCCCCGCUCAAGGGCGUCUCCGCGGCCGCGUACGCGGCGGAGGGUUUUGAGGGACAGUACGUAGUGGUCGUGCCGGACCAAGAGCUUGUGGUAGUGCAACUAGGGUGGGCGAGAAACGAUGCCCUUGACGACUACUAUGCGGGGGUCCUGGUGCGCCACGUCAGUGAGGCGGUGCCACGUGGCAAAAGCCCACGUGCGAAGAAUACUCCAGGUUUUAGUCUCCCUUAG